AUGUUCUGUGAAACCUGUGCUUAUGUCAGAUUCGUUCAGACAUACACGCAAAGCGUGACACUUAAGGUGUUGUACACGUUUGACAACACCACGCAGUUCCUGGUGCGGUCGAAGCGUCCGCUUUCGUCCAAAAUCAUCCAGCUGCCUCAGAUGCCUCCUCACAAUGGCGCUGUUAUUGGGUGUAUCGACAUCCGCAAAUGUCUGGAGCUUAUUCAGACCAUGUCUCCAGAGUGUUUCCGAGAUCGGCUGGACUAUUCGAUAUAUUCCAAAGACGUUGUCGAACCCGAUGAGCCUUUUGUUGGGUUUGGGCUUUACUCCAAGUUGAUGGACCGCAGGACGCCUGUGAUCAUCACUGGACGUGUUUGCAAAAACUUUGUCAACAUUAUUAACGGUUCUGGAGUUGGGGUUGAUACUUUGGAAGUGAAGCUCCGAUUCAAUGCUGUUUCCAAAAACCCAGUGAUGUACGCCUUUUCCAAGCCGGAUGUUGGCAACAGCAGCAACUCUGACAGCAGCAGUCCGACGUUCUUGGCGAGCGAGCCGUCCGAGCCUGCUCCUGCUCCCGACACGCGAAAACGCGGCUUCAAUUCUCCUGCCAACGGUGCCAACGGCCCGCAACUAGCUACCAGAACACAAUCGCUUCCUUUCAUCAGUCAGAACUCGCUAGCGCACCGCAUCAUGAUGUCCGACCAGGCCAAUAAUUCGCUCGAGUCGCGUGAAGACCAGAUCGCGUCGCGAUUUUCCAAUUACGAGAAGCUCAUGAAGGCCACGGAUCCGCCAACAAAGGCCAAGAAGAACAAGAGCUUCAUUGCGAGCGUGGUCAAGAUCGGCGACGUCAGCACCAACAACCGCGCUAAGAUGGCCAAACAGUCGUCGGUGCAGCGCUGUAUCAACUGCACGUCCACGUCAAAUCCACCAUACAAAUUCCAUAGAGACGGAUUAUUUGAGUUUGGCAACUCCGGCCUGCUGUGCCAGAUCUGCUCGUCGUUGCAGGCCAAGAACGACACAAAGAGCCUCAGAGACCGUGGAGAGCUUGGCUUGAAGGGCCUGGUGGACAGUCCGUACGCGAAAACGUCUCCUGUUCCGGAUAGUUUAACUGUCGCAGCGCGCAAACGACAGAGACUUUAUAAAGCCCGGGCCGAGGAAAACAGUUCGUCGCCGUUGGCAACGUCUGCGAAACGGCAGCGCAAGAUCGACUCCGACAAGUCGUCGCCGCAAAACCCGCUAACAGACCUGGAUCCUUUGUACGAACCGAAGAAGUCUGUUCACGAGUCGAGCGACGAAGAUUCUCCUAUCAACGCCACGAAGCUGAACACGACGCUGAUCCCGCUGGAUGAGGACGACAAGGAGAACGUCUCGCCGCCGCAGAGCGAGAACCAGCCGCAGUCGCUGAUGGUCCACGAUAUCUCGCCGGGGUUGCACCGUCUGAUCGAGUCGUUCAGCAACGUGGAGCAGCCGGGGUCUCCUAGCAAGACGUCGCCGAACGACCAAUGGAUCAACAACCUGUUCACGCAUGACGAGGAGGACGAGCCCGUGGACGGCCAGUUCGAAGAUGACCCGGAAGUGUACAACAUUCUCAAGGGCUCCAAGACCAGCUCUCCGCUUAACUUCAAGUUCGACAAGGCCAAGGAGAAGAUCGACGCCACGCCAAAGGACGCAGACACCGUACAGACGCAGUGCAUCGAUGGGCCGGACAACUUCACUGGAUUAUUCAACCAGAUGCUCACGGAGCAGGCAGAUCAGACAGAUCAGGACACAACCAAGCCCAAGCCACCAAUUGCACAGCUGACAGAUCACAGACAGGGAAUCAUGAUGCCCAGCUCACCGUUUUUCUCUUUGCAUCAUGACGACACGGCCCGCACAGACAAGACCAACUCGUCCUGGAACCAGGGCUCGUCUCCAGCCACAUCUGUGAUAUCUAAUGAAAAAUAA